AUGGCGAGACCAAAACGAUCGUUUAACGAUUAUUGCAAUGCGAAGUUGCACGUGAGCAGGAAAUCAUUGGCGAAAACUACUAUGAAGGACACGUCGAAGAAGCAGCAGCUCGCCGCUCGAGAAAGCAUCGCGGUGAAAGCAAACUGGCAGCGGCGGCAGAGUAGCGCCAGCGGACUUGUCAGUCUGGCGGCGUUCGGGCCGCGCUAUGGACGACGAGGCGACCUCAUCAUGCAUCCUGCUUGUGCGUUUCUCUCGCUCGUCAUCGUCAGCGUCGUCGACUCGGCCGCCAAUCCACGCCUCGUACGCGACGAGACACUCGUGAUCCGCGGCAGCAAUCACCUUGACAAUCAUCACCAGCAUCGCCAGCGGUACCCGAUCCAGCAAUACCACGAGGAUUAUCAGACUGACGAUGAAUCCUACGCUGGAGAUCCUUACCAGGACGAGCAGUACGUGGAUGCGAACGACGAAGAUUACAAGGAUGACAAGAUCUUGACGAGCUUUCUCGACGAUCUCGCGAGUGCGAGGAAGCAACAGGAUCGCGGUCACAGCCGACGCGGUAGGCGAAGACAAUUGAGCAGUCACGAGCAGGGGAUGCUGCUCGUUGAGGCACUCGGCAAGAAGCACCGAAAUCUCAGCAGCGCUGUGGGCAGUUACAGGGGGCAUCCUUCAGCACCGCCUGAUCUGCACAAUGGCAUCAUGGAUAUGCUUGGCAAAAUGAUUCCCCAAACAUGUAAGUACAAGGGCGCGAAGUUCGAAUGCGGCCUGAGUAUAAGCUGCGUGUUGGGGGGUGGCAGACCGGUCGAUCUGUGCUCUGGCGGUAUGAUCUGGAGCUGCUGUGUCGACGACGACGACAUCGUUCCGGACAAAGUGUCCAAACCUACCAGUGGAGUCGGUCUUCUUCAGAAUGCCAGCUGUGGCGAAUUGUAUACUAGGAGCAACCGAAUCGUCGGCGGUCAUAGUACGAGCUUCGGCAGUCAUCCAUGGCAGGCGGCCAUAAUCAAGUCGGGUUUGCUGUCGAAGAAGCUCUCGUGUGGUGGUGCUUUGCUCAAUAAUCGCUGGGUCGUUACUGCCGCUCAUUGUGUCGCCACUACACCUAACAACAAUCUGAAAGUGAGACUAGGCGAGUGGGAUGUCAGGGAUGCCGCGGAAAGACUGCUCCACGAGGAAUUCGCCAUUGAGAGGAAAGAGGUACAUCCGCAAUACUCACCAACGGACUUCCGUAACGAUGUCGCGCUGGUGAAGCUAUCGCGCGUGGUGGCAUUCAAGCAACACAUUGUACCGGUAUGUCUGCCGGCGCGGAGCCUCAAGUUACAAGGACGCACGGCCACUGUCGCCGGAUGGGGCCGUACGCGACAUGGACAGACCUCCGCUCCAAGUGUCCUCCAGGAGGUUGACGUUGAGGUGAUUCCUAACGAUCGGUGCCAAAGGUGGUUCAGAGCGGCAGGUCGCCGUGAAACCAUACACGAUGUAUUCCUCUGUGCGGGAUACAAAGAGGGCGGACGAGAUUCGUGUCAGGGCGAUUCCGGUGGUCCGCUGACGAUGUCAGUGGAAGGUAGGCACGUGCUGAUCGGGCUGGUCUCGUGGGGCAUUGGCUGCGGUCGUGAACACUUACCUGGCGUCUACACCAACAUCCAGAAGUUUGUGCCCUGGAUCGACAAGGUCAUGAGCUGAGUGAUUUUCUAGUGACACUUGUUUUCGUUUGUUUUUUCUUCUUCGUACGAAGUUUGCGACGACAACGGUUGGUCUUUUAACUCGUUUUUUUCUGCGAUCCCCAUGAAAGUUACCAA